GCCACACGUCGAGAGACCAGAGGCAGAGCAGCAGCAGCAGCAGCAGCAGCAGUGACUCCUUUCCAGUGUACCAGGGGUGCGCGGUGAGCGCGUAAGACCGGUUCAAAAUUUACAACAUCGCACGGCUCGUCAACCUAGACCAGCCCAGUCGACCAAUGGGCGUAUCGGACGAGGGUAAGCUGCUGGAGGACAUACCCCAGGAGGCCCGGCCACCGCAGGGUAGCCCGCUCGAGCGCAGCAGUGCCAGCAGUACCGGCCAUCUGAUGGGUAGCAGCGGGGGCGACCCGAACAGCCCACACUCGGAUCCGCACAGUGACGAUGGGGGUGAUGAUUUCGCGCCGAAACGGAAGCAACGCCGCUACCGGACCACCUUCACCAGUUUCCAGCUCGAGGAGCUUGAGAAAGCGUUCUCGCGGACGCACUAUCCGGACGUCUUUACGAGGGAAGAGCUAGCGAUGAAAAUAGGGCUCACCGAGGCACGGAUACAGGUUUGGUUCCAGAACCGGCGAGCGAAAUGGCGCAAACAGGAGAAGGUCGGACCGCAGGGACAUCCGUACAAUCCGUACCUGUCCGGGGCGGCCCAGGGCGUCCCGUCGGCGACCGUCGUCGCCCCCUCCCUACCGCCGAACCCAUUCAGCCAUCUUGGCUUCAACCUUCGGAAACCUUUCGAUGCCGCAAGUCUGGCCGCCUUCCGCUACCCGUCGCUCGGUGCAACGCACAUGCUACCGUCGGCCUACUUUAACCAGUUCCACCGUACCUCACCGUUUUCGUCUUUCGUCGACGAAUUUUGCAGAGCCCCGCCGCCGCCACUGCUCCCACCGGGCGUUGGACCACUGUACGCACCGUCCACCUCCUUCCAGACGCUGCUGGCCAACAUUUCGGCGGCCCAACGCCACGCACCACCACCACCACCACAUCCCGGCACGCUCCCGGCACCAUCGAAACCGUCGCCCAUCGGUGGUCCGGAUUAUCUUGGCCUACCGCCGCCAUUACCACCGACCGGUGCCGGCGGUGGUGGUGGUGGUGGUGGUGCGACAGGAGGUGUGCCGGCCCCCGCAUCACCACCCAUCUCACCGACUGCCCUACCACCCGGUGUACCCGGUAUUCCGACCGGACAUCCCGGAUUGUCCUCCGGACCGGCGCCCCCGGGUUCGUCGUCACCACCGCAGGCCGAUCGUCGCAGUUCCUCGAUUGCCGCGUUGCGUUUGAAGGCGCGCGAACACGAGCUGCGUCUGGAGAUGAUGCGCCAGAACGGACACAGUGAUAUCAUUAGCUAAGUCAAUGACGUGGCCACGAUGACCACGAUCCUUCUUCGCGUUAGUGGAUGCCAGAAGCCGCCAGGCAUGCUUCGUUCCGUUCGGGAAGCAACCGAGAGAGCGUGCGCCACACACCAAGAUCAGGCGCAAGGGGAUCGAUC